UACAACAAGAGUACGUUUGAUGGAAUCGCCAUCAGAACUAUCUUGGAUAAAACAUUCCAUAAAACGAAUAAUUACAACUACACCUGAUUACCAGAAAGCUCGAAUAAAAUUAAAAAAGACUGAAGUUUUGUUAGACAUUAAUUCAGACUCUGAUUUUAAUGAGAAACUGAAGCGAAGCAGAAAACAUAGAGCAUGUGUCGCGAAAGAAAGCGAUGAUGAUUCUGUUGACGAAAAUGCCGUUAUCGUACCAUCUUUUCCGAAAAUUUCAAGUACGAAUGAAAUUCGAAAACGGAAAUGGUCAACGACGGAAACUGUUCCACCGGAUAUGGCUCAUGAUGAUAAUGCAACGAGCAACUGUUCGCAGCAGUUACGAAAAGAUUCCGAAGUGCACUACGCUCAGACCACAUCAGCAUGCAAGAAUAUGAAAACUGCUAAUAAAUCAAGCUUAACAAAUCUGGUAAAGACUAUUCAUUUACCACUUGAAAAUUAUCCAAAAACAUCGUUGGAGCACAUGGAUCUUGAAAAAGCAGAUGAAAGUAUAAACAAUAAGAGUAUAUUCAGUAUUUAUUACGUAAAAUAAUAGAAAUUUCAAAUAAGCAAUUUAAUAGCAAAGUAAUAGCAAUUUCAAAUAAGGGAAGUUUUGAAAUGCCAGAAUGAAAUAAAUUCCAAAUUAGAUCGAAUUCUGCUACUUGGAGCAUUAAACAAUAUUUCCGAAAAUGAAGAAAACAGAAACGAGAUAACAACGAUACGUAAUGCUAAAUUUUCCGCUAACUUCGUUAGAAGAUUUAAACAAAAUGGAAGAAAAAUUAUCAGAAGAAUCCUUCUAUCAGAACUUGGUAAAGUUUACAAACAUUUUAUAAUUGAUAUAAUUGAGUUUUAUAUUUAAUGUUACAAAUAUUGAUUUUGUUUCUAAAUAGGCAAAGAAUUUGAUUUUAAUUGAAGGCAGGGACGUAAAGAUUUUAUGUCUUAACUUAAUUAAAAGAAUAUUUUCGAAUGAAGUCUCUGAGCAAUUUAGUUGGAUUGGCGGCAAGAAAAAAUUAAUAUUUAGCGACCUGAAACUAUGCAAGCUAUUAUAAUGUAAGUUCUAAUACACGUUUAUCACUUCACUAUACAAAUUUUGUAUACUUAUAUAUAAUAUAAAUAUAACUAUAUAAUAUAAAUAAAACUAAUUAAUAAUACAUGCAAAAUACAUAAAUACAUGGCAAUAUUAAUAAAAGUAUAACACUGUGUGACACAAAUUUUAGACCAUAAACCAGACAAGAUGAUUUUUAUAGAUUUUUUGUCGCUGAAAACAAAUCCACUAAUGAAAUUGCUCUAUCACGUCACAUUUUAGAGAAAAUUGGACCUAAAGGUGUCGAAAAUGCUACCUUUAGCUUUCAUUUUUUGAUACUUUUUAACAUAAGUAUCUUAAAAAUGUGACGUGAUAAGACAAUUUUAUUAGCGGAUUCAUUUUCAGUGAUAAAAAAUCUAUAAGAAUAAUCUUGUCUGGUUUGUGAUCUAAAAAAAAAGUUUAAAUUUGAAUACGUGUACCAUUGAAUAAAUAUUAAUUUAGACUGUAAUUACAUAUGUGGUGAGGUGCAAAUACAAGAGUUGUAUUAACAAUGAGGAUGAAUUCUCAGGGCCUAUUAAAAGAUAGUUGGCACAUGCCAAGGAGAGAAAAAAAAA